AUGUCAAAGAAAGUUCGGAGAGUGGCUGUCAUUGGGGCCGGUCCGGCUGGGGCCAUCGCAACAGACGCUCUCGUGAAGGAACAGGCGUUUGAUGUUGUGCGCGUCUUUGAAAGGCGGGACUUGGCUGGAGGGACAUGGGUCUAUACUCCGGAACUGCCACCUCGGAUCCCAUCCUUGCGUGCGUUAGUUGAGCAACGCGCGAAUGCCCCAAUCGAGAUCCCGAGGAGCUUUCCUACCGAAACACCAAGAUCUGAAAAGAAUAAUUCUCACCAACUACGAUACUCAGACACCGGGGUUCAUGAGACGCUCCACAGCAACAUUACGCCCGAGCUCAUGGCGUUCACACAAGAGCCAAUACCCCAAAUCCUGUCCGACCGGACCCUGGCACAGUACGGCCCAGGCGCUCCAUUCAGACACCGAGAGCUGAUUAGAGAAUGGGUUGAGGGAAUCUUCACUCGAGGUGGCCACGACAAGUUGAUCGAGUUUAGUACUACAGUCGAACUUGCGGAGAAAAGGGGCGACGAAUGGGUUCUUACGUUGCGAAAGGUGGUGCCGGGGAAGUCGAAGGACUACUGGUGGCGAGAAACCUUUGAUGCAGUGAUUGUGGCAUCGGGCCAUUUCUAUCUGCCUUAUGUACCAAAUAUCCCCGGUCUUGUCGAAUUCGACGAGAAAUUCCCCGGCAGGAUCAAGCAUAGCAAACAUUUCCGCGACGCAGAAGAGUUCCGGAACAAGAAAGUAUUUGUCGUCGGGGGUUCCGUGUCUGCCUUUGAUGCUCUCCACGACAUCCGACUCGUCUCACAAAAGCCAGUCAUCGCAUCUUUGAAAGAACCGUUGCCCGCCUUCGGGUGGGCACCCUUCACUCACCCCGAUAUCACCAUAAAACCGGAGAUCACCAACUUCUGCCCCAAGACUGGACGCAUCACAUUCAGCGACAAAAGCACUAUUGACGACGUUGAUGUCGUGUUCUUUGCCACUGGUUAUGACUUUAGCUUCCCAUUCUUGCCCAAGCAAAAGUUGGAGAACAGACGGGUUCCUGGACUGUACCAACAUGUCUUCAACAUCGAUGACCCAACACUUGCCUUCGUCGGAAUGGUGACUGGAGGCUUCACUUUCCGCGUCUUUGAGUGGCAAGCCGUCGCUGCGGCGCGACUCUUUGCGGGCCGCGGGAAGUUGCCGCCUCAACUUGAGCAAGAACAGUGGGAGAAGGAUAGGUUGGCCUAUAAAGGAGACGGUAUCCCAUUUUUUACUCUUUCACCCGACUUUGAGCAAUACUUUGAGGCAUUGAGAGCAAUUGCUGGUGAGCCUGCGCAGGGAACUACGGGUAGAGCAUUGCCCAAGUUCGAUCCGAAAUGGCUCGAAGCAUUCUCGGAGGUCAUCAACGCAAGGGUUGAGUGGUGGAAGAAGGAGACUAAGAAAGCUGAGGAUCAAUUGAAGGUUGUGAUUAAACCAAAGCUGUAG